GUACGGCCGCACUAUUUCAACAUUGGCCGUUUUGUGCUUAGGUAGGCUAUAUACGAACGAGUUGAUUUUAAAAACAAAAUUAACAUAAGAUAGCGUUAACAUUUAUCUGAUUAUCUUUAAACUGUAUAAGGCUUAUCAGAAUCACGAUGAUUGAAGUCUUCACCUCUCUUUACAGAUGUAAAUAGAUGCAUGUUUUGAAGAAACCUUUGAACUAUAAUGUCAAAACGUGGAAAGCAAGGGGUGUCCCUUCCCAGCAAUACUGGACAUGGAUUUAGCCGUUUGAGCACAGAUAAUGGCUGGGAAGCACAGGGAGGGUACAUGGCCGCCAAGAAGCAGAAACUUCAGAAUCAGUAUGAAGCAGACAUUGGGUCUGAGGGAAACACUAGGAACAUAUUCAAAGGAGUAGCAAUCUUUGUGAAUGGAUACACAAAGCCAUCAUCAGACGAGCUGAAGCGUCUUGUAGUGUCACAUGGAGGUCAAUAUGAACACUACCUGUACAAGACACGGGUGACACAUAUCAUUGCUACUAACCUAACCAACAGUAAGAUCAAGGACCUGAUGAAGAAUGGGAAGGUAGUCCACCCAGAAUGGAUCACAGACAGUGUCAAGGCCAGUCGUUUGUUGCCUUACUCAAAGUAUCUACUGUACACGGCCAAGGGAGGUAAGCAACAUGGUCUUGAAACCUUCUCCACUCACACAGUCACUCGUCACAGCAGCACAUCAUCUAAUGCCACUAUGGACAUGGAUACAUCUCAUUUUGAUAAAAGAGAAAAGUCAUCGGAUGACAGCAUUCCUCAAGGUAACAAUUUAGAUCAUACAUCACAGGAAACACAAGAUUCAGUGGCAUCUUUUCAUGAAUCAGAAAGACAAUUCAUUCAUUGUAAUGAGGAAGAAAACAUGAUUGAGGAAGACAGCGAUGAAUCAUCCCUUUUUGGGAACCAAAGUUUCAAAGCACAACAACAAGCAACUAACAUGGUUAUUAGUCAAAAAGUAAGCCAUGUGAUGCCAGAUGAGCAUGAAAUCCAAGCAGAUAAUGGUAUCAGAGUUAUUUCCCCUGGAAAAGUCCAUCAAGCUGCUGCAGUGAAUGGCCAUGGGACAUCAGGCUCAAAACGAACUGGGAUGGCGACAGCAGGAGAACCAGCAUUUCUGAAUGAGUUCUAUUCCAAUUCUCGACUUCAUCAUCUUUCAACCUGGAAGUCAGAAUGGCGUGCCUAUGUGAAGAUGCUACAAAGUCAGAGUCAAGAUUUUCCUGGCAGAACCAAACUGAUGGAGGUAGCCAGCAAAAGGUGCCAGGAUAUGAAAAGCAUGUUAAGUAAUAAAAUUAAUUUGGGACAAAACCAGAGUGCCAAGCCAUCCCGUAUCAUUAUGCAUGUUGACAUGGACUGUUUCUUUGUGUCUGUUGGUUUAAGGAAAAGGCCAGAUCUAAGAGGGAAACCAGUAGCUGUCACUCACUCCAGAGGUCAAGGUAUGAAGGCCCCUUUACAGGGGUCAAACCCUGCCUAUGAACGACAGCAGUGGGAACUUAAGCGUAACCAGGGUGGAAAGAAGGGUAGGAAGCUUCAGCUUCCCACACGACAACCACUAAUAGAUGAAGGUAUUGAGGAGGAUGAUGAAGAAGAUGAUAGCAAUGAUGGGAUAGAUAGGCCUGAAGCAGCUCCAGAGAUUUCUGAGUCCUUUCACUCCAUGGCUGAAAUUGCUUCAUGUAGUUAUGAAGCUAGACAGUCAGGCGUUCGGAAUGGAAUGUUCAUGGGGAAGGCCAAACAGCUGUGUCCAGAACUACUGACCAUUCCAUAUGACUUUGAUGGCUACCAGGAAGUGUCCAAAACACUGUAUGACACUGUUGCCAGAUAUACUCAUGACAUUGAGGCGGUCAGUUGUGAUGAGAUGUUAGUGGACUGUACUGACCUUCUGGCCAUGACCGGAGCUGAACCACUUGAGUUUGCAUCACUCCUUCGACAGGAACUUAUGGACAAGACUGGCUGUCCUGCUUCAGCUGGCAUGGGAUCCAACAUCCUACUGGCCAAGAUGGCGACAAGGAAAGCCAAACCAAAUGGCCAGUAUUUUCUUCAGUCAGAUGAUGUGCUGGACUUCAUCAGCGAUCAGACAAUUCAGAACAUUCCAGGAGUUGGAUGGUCUAUGUCCAAAAAAUUAAAAACCAUGAACAUUGAGAAAUGUGGAGAUCUACAAAAGGUGUCGCUAAGUGUCCUCCAAAAGGAGUUUGGACCCAAAACUGGCCAAUCACUAUACAGAUACUGUCGUGGAGAAGAUGAUCGACCAAUCAAAAUUGAACAGGAAAGGAAAUCUGUUUCUGCAGAAAUAAAUUAUGGUAUUCGCUUCAAACAUAAUGGUGAAGCAGAGAAAUUUCUAUCAGAUUUGUCGGAGGAAGUUCAUACCCGUCUGAAGAGCAUAGACAGGAAGGGCAAGACAAUAACUCUCAAAGUGAUGGUGAGACGCGAGGAUGCUCCAGUGGAAACAUCAAAAUUCAUGGGUCAUGGCAUCUGCAACAACCUAUCCAAAUCAGUCACAUUGCCUAUGGCAACAGAUGACCCCAAAGUUAUCUGUCGAGAGUGCAUUGGUAUAUUAAACCAUAUGAAGGUUAAGGCGAGUGACCUUCGUGGCAUUGGUAUUCAGCUGCAGAGACUAGAGCCCAGCGUCCUUGGGGGCCAUAAGUCAAACAAAGGAGCUCAGAGCAUCCUUAAUUUUACUGUUUCUAAACAAGCAUUACUAAAUAAAAGUUCCUCUAAAUCUCCAAACACUUCAGCAGCCUCAUUGUUACCUCUCUCUGUUGACCUUGACAUUGAAACAUGCGCUGAAGGUCAAACAAGUGAAGCGAGACAGGAAGGAGAUGAGAUGGAGAGUUUUAUUGACUUACCUAACCAAACAGAUCGUGAACUGGUGCAUAAAUCUGAAGAUGAAAGUAACGACUUUUUAGGGGGAUACUGUCAUAACAUUGUGGACGAGUUGUCCAGGAGAAAGACAGCAAAAAGGUUUCUUCCUCCUCUACCUUCACUGCCCGACCUAUCUGGGUCCCCAGAGCUGACAGCUGGCGGUGGGGAUAGGAGCACAUCUGGAAUCGAGGAUUACUUCCCUUCUCCUUCUCAGAUAGAUCCAAGUGUACUUAAUGAAUUACCUCCAGACAUUCGCUCACAAAUUGAGAAAGAAAUGAUUUCCAGAAGAGUAAAAGGUAGUCACAGCCAUCAAUCUAAUCACAGCACACCCAGUACUAGUAGAACUCAUAGGACAAGAGUGGUUGUUGAUGAAAGACCUGGAUGCUCUCAUUGGUCAGAAAACUUAGAUUCAGCCAAUCAAAAUGGGUCAGCUAAAAGUUCCUUGGAAGCUGCAGAUCUCAUGCCAUCACCUUCACAGAUAGAUCCCAGCGUGUUGAGGGAAUUGCCCCCAGACAUCCGCAAACAAGUUGAAAAUGACAUUGUUAGCAAAAAACGGCAGGGCAGCCAUUCCACCCUGGGGGUAAACCAUUCACUCGUUGUGAAAAAACAUCCAGUUGUUGAAAAUAUCUCCAGAGAAUCCGCUGUAUCUGGAUAUUCACAUCAGUCAGGACAACAGACUAAUAGAGACGACACCCACAACGAUAACACAGUAGUGCCUUUACCUUCAUUAUCUCAGUUAGAUGAGAGUUGUUUGAAUGCCCUACCGGAGGAGUUACAGGAUGAGAUUCGUGAAGCCUAUGUAAGACAGGAGAGUGAAGAAAUCACAAAACCAUCCUCUUUUCAUGCUAUACCUAUGCUUAGCCUUCAGCAAGCUUCAUCCCCAUCCAAACGGUCACCUGGAAAGACCUGUUCUCCGACAAAAUCACGCUCACCAAGGAGAAGCCCCAACUUUAAAAUUCCAAGGGGUAAACCAAGAAGAGGUAGACCAAAAAAACUUGAAUUCCAAAGUCGGCGCCAACCAAAAAUAACAGCAACAGUUAGCAGCAAGCAGCAAGAAUCCAGAGUCGACACAUUUAAAGACAAUGUCUGUAAACUAGAUGCUAUUAUAGUGGAUCAACCAGCAGAAGAGGCUAACCCAGGUACCCUCAUCGAUGGUACAGUUAACGAAACUGCUGGAUCCAUUACUGAUAGGAUACCAUCGUCCAGUCAGAGAGCUGUCAACUUAUGUGGUGCUGUGACUAUCACAGAAGUCCGUACUCUGCUGAGAGAGUGGCUGAGUUCUGCCCAAGUGCCAGAGCAGGAGGAUGAGGAGGUGAUGCUAACUUACCUGCAGGACCUGGUUUUAGACAAGAAUCUGGAACAAGUUGACUUAGUCAUCAGGUUCCUAAACAGGCAUAUCCAAUGCUUACAGAAUGACCUAUGGAAAGAGACAUUUGAGCGUAUUGUUCAGCAUAUCCAAUGUGUUGUACAAUCCACCUAUGGCAGCAAACUAAAGCUUCACAAUGGAUCAAAUCAGCCUAUAAGCUGACACUUUUAGCCUGUGAUAUACCAGUCUAUACUUUACAACAGAUGUUGUGCACUCAAAUUGACUUUUGUUUCCAUACUACUCCAUUGUUAAGUGUACUUAACUAUUUUAUAUUUUUGUUUCAAAAUAAAAAAAAUCAGAUUUUCAGUAUUAUCUCUCCAUGUGACUAGUUUGAAUUUGUACAUUUAACUUCAUAUGAUUCUCAUGGAUUAAACUUGUGUCUAAAGAUUAUUCGAUUUAGCUGUCAAAAUGUUUUUACUCUGUCCAGAAAUGUGUGGCAGGGUUUGAUGUUUUAUAUAUUUAUAUAUAUUUAUCUGACUUGCAUUAAAAUUAUUUGUUUGAA